AUGCAGGCAUUCAUGAUAGGCUUACGACCCUCCAGGUUCUUCUGGUCCCUGGUGGAGCGACCCCCCACAACCGUACCAGAGAUGCUUCAACGGGCGAGCCAAUUCGUCGCUGCAGAGACGUGGAUGACCGGGAGACCCAGGGGACACAGGGGGACCAAAUCGGAGCCGCCUCGACAGCAACAGCCACCAACAUCCCGGCGCAGGUCGGACAGAUCUGACCCAACGGCUCUGAGGCCCCCCCUACCAGCUUUGAAUUCAUCUCAAACGGACAUAUUCCUUCAUAUAAGGGGAAAGGGUUUGCUCAAAGAACCCUACCCGAUGAGUGACCCCCGGGCGCUGGAAAAUCAAUCGAAAUACUGCCGCUUCCAUCGGCAACGUGGGCACGACACUGAACAAUGCCGGGAAUUGAAAAGACAGAUCGAGGAACUCAUCCGUAGGGGGCACCUCGAUCAGUAUCUCCACCCGAACAAAGAAUCUUCUCCCCCCCCGGAAGGGCCCGUCGAGCGUCGUAUCGACGUGAUAUCAGGCGGCCCCGCGUACGGUGGAGACUCCAUGGCCCGCAAGAAGGCAUACGCCCGAGCCGCCUCAGCUGAGGCUCCCAGACACGCGCCCGGGCCCAGUGUCACCUUCCCGGCCGGGACGUAUAAACAGGCUGAGCACGAUGAUGCACUCGUGAUAUCAGCCAGGAUCGCCAACGCGCAGGUACAAAGGAUCAUGGUCGAUACCGGGAGCUCGGCCGACAUACUAUACCUCGACGCCUACCGGAAGCUCGGCCUACCCAGAGAUAGCAUGAAGCCGGUGUCCUCGGUGCUCACCGGCUUCACCGGUGAUUCAGUUUCGCCGCUGGGGGCGGUUACCUUGCCCCUGACCCUGGGAGUUCCACCAAAGUCGAAGACAACGAUGACCACCUUCUUGGUCAUCGACCUCCCCGCCGCUUACAACGCCAUCCUUGGUCGGCCGACACUCAACAAAGUUAGAGCUGUCGUCUCGACCUACUAUCAGACCGUGAGGUUCCCGACCUCCGCAGGGACCGGUGAAAUUACGGGAAGUCCUCGAGAAUCCCGGCGCUGUUACUUGACCGCCGUCUCGCUACCUAAAAAGCCCAGGGUCGAACCAUCGUUGACGGACCCCCGAGAAAUGCAAAGGUCGGCUCCCCAUGCCGAGCCGAAGGGAACCACAGUCGCCAUGUCACUACAGGAAUGA